CGCAGUCAGCAAAGCCAUGGCAUUCAAGCUCGUUAUCUUCGUCGCGUGCGUGGCUGCGGCCAGCGCUGGAGUCAUCCCCGCCGCCCCGGUGGCGUACUCCGCCUACGCCCCCGCGGCCUACGCCGCCGCCCCCGUGGCCCACGCCUACGCCGCCCCCGCUGCGUACGCCGCCCCCGUCGCCUACGCCCACGGCCCCGUUGUCGCUAAGGCCGUCGCCGCCCCCGUCCUGGCCAAGACCGUCGUCGACACCGACUUCGACCCCAACCCCAGCUACAGCUACGCCUACGACAUCCAGGACGCCCUGACCGGCGACUCCAAGGGCCAGCAGGAGACCCGCCAGGGUGACGUCGUCCAGGGCUCCUACUCCGUCGUCGACCCCGACGGCACCCGUCGUACCGUCGAGUACACCGCCGACCCCGUCAACGGAUUCAACGCCGUCGUGCACAAGGAGCCCGCCCACGCCGUCGUCAAGGCCGUUGCCGCCCCCGUCGUCGCCAAGGUCGCCGCCCCCGUCGCCUACGCCGCCCCCGCCGUGCACGCCGCCCCCGUGGCCUACGCCGCCCCCAUCGCCAAGGUGGCCGCCCCCGUCGCCUACGCCCACCCCGCCCCUCUGGGCUACCAGCAGUUUUCAAACAACACUCCUCCAGCCAUGGCAUUCAAGUUCGUCCUCUUCGCCGCGUGCGUGGCUGUGGCCCGCGCCGGAGUCCUCCCCGCCGCGCCUGUGGCGUACGCCGCCCCCGCGGCCUACGCUCACGCCCCCGUGGCCUACGCCGCCCCCGCUGCGUACGCUCACCCCGCCCCCCUGGCCUACGCCGCCCCCGCUGUCGCUAAGGUCGCCGCCCCCGUCGCCUACGCCCACGCCCCCGCCCCUGUCCUCGCCAAGGCCGCCGUCGCCGUCGACACCGACUUCGACCCCAACCCCAGCUACGCCUACAACUACGACAUCCACGACACCCUGACCGGCGACGCCAAGAGCCAGCAGGAGUCCCGCCAGGGUGACGUCGUCCAGGGCUCCUACUCCCUGGUUGAGCCCGACGGCAGCCGUCGUACCGUCGAGUACACCGCCGACCCCGUCAACGGCUUCAACGCCGUCGUGCACAAGGACGCCCCCGCCGUCGCCGUCAAGGCCGUCGCCGCCCCCGUCGUCGCCAAGGUCGCCGCCCCCGUGGCCUACGCCGCCCCCGCUGCGUACGCCGCCCCCGCGGUCCACGCCGCCCCCGUGGCCUACGCCGCCGCCCCCGCUGUGUACCACCACUAAGUUCCUAUUGCCCCCUAUUUAUUGUACAAAAAAAUAAAAGAAAUGAA